GCGCUCACACUCCAGCUGAUCGGCCUUGGCUCCCGGUGCGGACCGACGGACUGUCCGCGGCCGUCUUCAUCCACCGUUUGUACAGUUUGGACGGUUCGGGUUGAAGUGGCCGCUCGUGUCGGCACAGCACUUCGCUCUCCGUCUUUUUUCGGACCGGGAAAAGUAGACAUCGAAGUCGGUUUUAUUUUUUUCGUCCACGGUUGGGCGAGGAGCCUCCUCAUUAGCCAUUAGGCCUCACCCCCAUCCCCCGUGUCGAGUGAGUGAACGUACCGAGCGGAGCUAUGGGGGACACGGGCAGCGAACGCAGCAAGCCGCCCAGCAUACCGCCCCGGUGUCCCUGCGGAUUCUGGGGCUCCACCAAAACGAUGAAUCUUUGCUCCAAGUGUUUUGCCGAUGUCCAGAAGAAACAGCCACACGAAGACUGCACGCCCCCAGAGCCCACCCCAAGUACUGGGAGCAGCCAGUCGGCAGUUUUCUGUAGCGAGACAAGCAGCAGCAGUAGCCAGUCCCUUUCAUCGGUGCCUGCCAGCUCCCAAGAGCCGUCACCUGAAGCCACAGGGCCCAUGCCUCCAUUGGCACAGGAGGGGGUCUCCAGCACAGACACUGCCUGCGGCACUUUAAGCACACCAACAAAACGGCCCUUUGACUCAGCCUCGGGCUCGGAGAGCGAGGCGUCGCCGCAGAAGCGGGCGCGGCCCGGCACCGAGUCAGUGUCGGAGGAACCCCGGGCAGGGCCAAAGCAGAAGAGCCGCCGUCGUUGCCACCGCUGCCAGAGCAAACUAGAGCUGGUCCAACAAGAGCUGGGGUCCUGUCGCUGCGGUUAUGUGUUCUGCAUGCUGCACCGCCUGCCUGAGCAGCACGACUGCCUCUUUGACCACCUGGGCCGCGGUCGAGAAGAGGCCGUGCUCAAGAUGGUGAAGCUGGACCGCAAGGUGGGUCGGUCCUGCCAACGUAUUGGAGAGGAGUGUUCCUGAGUGGCUGCCACCCACCAUCCCCCAGCCACACCCCCUACACACCAUCACCACCACCAUCCCCACGGCACAGAGGAGUUGAGAGGAAGAGCAGAAGAAGGUAGAAGCUCACGGUUCCUGCUAUGUCCAACCAAACACAGCCCAGACCUUGCACCUGUUACGGUGGCCUGGAACCCACAGCAGCCCUCCUGCCACGGCUGCUUCUGAUCUCUGACCUUUCCCUCCAGACACCCCAGUACAUGGUCGGUCCUAUUCCAAAUCAGCCGUAUGUCUUGCCGUCUUUCACAGAUUUUUGUGGUCAGGUCUGAGGGACGGGGCUAGUCCUGUACCAUGCGUGACUCCUUCUGAAAGGGAGAAGGAGUGGGACACAGACUGGCCGUCCCCACUGCAUCCAGUCCCCUCCCUUUCUCCCUCCCCUUUCCCCCGGACUGCCUCCAGCUGCUCCUCCCACAUUCCCACCUAGCCUGUUCAUACCAGUGACUUGUCGUACCCUGUCACCAAGCGCUCAGUGCCUUUGCAGUUGCACUGCAGUCCUGGCUUCACACAGUGCGGUGGCACUCCAUGGAGUGUCUGCUGCUCAUCUCAGGACUGAAGGCGAGUGGAGAAACCGCCUCUUCCGGUUUCCCCUGGCCGGACUCCGGGAGUCGGUUUGUCUGUCUGGCUCUUCAUCCGUCGACGGGACACGCGCUUUGUCUGAAAGCCUCCAUGACUCUCACCCUUGGGUGAACUGAGACAAGAAGACAAGUGGUUUUCCCGCAGUUGGACAGUAUGUGGGAGGGGCAAUGGGCGGAGUGAUGAAGCAGGACAGAGGUGGGGCCCGAGGAAGCCCUGUAUGCAUGCUGAGUCAGAGGCUCAGCCGGACCACUUCUGAUCCAGCCAAAAUGACAAAAUGAGACCUAGAACCAGUCUUCUGUGACCCGGCGACGCCAAGUCGGACGGUCCCGCCUGGCUGGGGUCAGGUGUGGCGCUGCUCGUGCUCGCACCCCCUGACACGGUGGGAGAUGGGCCCCCUCAUCGCGCAAUAGACCCUCGCAGUUCACGUCUGUCACUGAGAACACACACACACCUCUGGCUGCUGGGGUUCAAACACCCCCCCCCCCCCCCCGUCUCACUCAGCAUUAACUUUGCUGUUAGCAAUGGCUGCCCCCCAGCACUUAAACCAUGACUACCCAGUCUGCAUUUCUUCUUGCACCUUGUUUUGUUUCCAUACUUUCUGUAUUAAUAUUUCCUCACUCCUCCUUUGUUCUCAUUUCUCUGCUCUGUUAGUUUGUACAUAGCCACCCCCCCCCCCCCCCAACUUGUCUCUACGCUCCAGAAGUCUUGUUAGUUUGAAAUUUGAACAAGGGGUGGGAUUUUAUGACGUACACAGGUGGGGGUGGGGGGGGUGGGCAGACCGAGGUUUCAGGUGCUUUUACUUUAAGAGCUGUUUUCUGUUGAGUUCCGAAUUUAAAAAAAGAGGAAGACAAACAAAUAUCAUCCUGUAUCUGAAAGAAACUCCUAUUUAACCCUAUUGUGUUUCAGAUGUACUUACUACACUAGAUUAGAGCUGCAUUUUUAGUUUAACAUUGUAAAAAAAAUAAAAAAAAUACAAUUCUGUAUCUAUUCUUUUGUUUCACCUUUUGUUCUUUCUUCUGCCCUUUUGCUGAAUAAAAAUAAACUGGAUUAGAA